ACCCAUUUUCAUAUUUAUCUUUACAUUAAAUUUUGAUGUAAAAAUAAAACAAGUGUCUCCAUUGGAUUUGUGCCACUAGCUAUCAGUCACAAGGUUCCGUCCGUUCCGUAUCAGAAUUGUUCUCCAUUUGAGGUAGCACCGUGAGUUCGUUGAGAAGAAGAUGGCGACGCCGGGAAGCUCCGAUUACUUGGAAUUAUAUCCAGAAAGAAAAAUAUCGUAUUUCAAGAAUCCCUACAUUCUCGGAGUCACUGCUGCUGCUGGCAUUGGUGGACUCCUCUUCGGUUACGAUACUGGUGUUAUAUCAGGGGCUCUACUAUAUAUUAAAGAUGAUUUUCAUGAUGUCCGCAAAAGCAGUUUCCUUCAGGAAACAAUUGUAAGCAUGGCAUUGGUUGGUGCAAUUAUUGGAGCAGCAACGGGCGGCUGGAUUAAUGAUGUUUUUGGACGUAAGAAGGCCACACUUAGUGCUGAUGUUGUCUUUACUCUUGGAUCAGUUGUUAUGGCUGCCGCACCAGAUGCAUAUGUUCUCAUACUGGGCCGUCUUCUUGUUGGCAUUGGUGUGGGUGUAGCUUCUGUCACUGCUCCUGUAUAUAUUGCAGAAUCAUCACCGUCAGAAAUAAGGGGUUCACUAGUUAGCACAAAUGUGCUUAUGAUAACUGGUGGACAGUUUCUUUCUUACCUCGUAAAUCUUGCCUUUACCGAGGUUCCUGGGACAUGGCGAUGGAUGCUGGGAGUUGCUGGUUUACCAGCUGUUAUUCAGUUUUGUGUCAUGCUUUUCCUGCCCGAGUCUCCAAGGUGGCUUUUCUUGAAGAAUAGGAAAGACGAAGCUAUUUCUGUGCUUUCUAAUAUAUAUACUUAUGAACGCCUAGAAGACGAAGUCAAUUACCUCACAGCUGUUUCUGAGCAAGAAAUGCAGAAACGGAAGAACAUUAGAUACAUGGAUGUUUUCCGAUCAGUGGAAAUCAGAAAUGCUUUUUUUGUUGGGGCUGGACUUCAGGCUUUUCAACAGUUCACCGGUAUCAGCAUUGUCAUGUACUACAGCCCCACAAUCAUUCAAAUGGCUGGGUUUAAUUCCAAUCAGUUAGCUCUUCUCCUUUCUCUCAUUGUUGCUGGCAUGAAUGCUGCUGGAACAAUUCUUGGCAUCUAUCUAAUCGACCAUGCAGGGCGAAGGAAGUUGGCCCUGUCAAGCUUGUCAGGUGCAACUGUAGCUCUGGCAAUCCUUUCUGCAGGAUCUUACCUUCAAUUAUCUGACUCCACAAAUAUAACCUAUGGGUGGAUAGCAAUUAUUGGGUUAGCCUUGUAUAUUCUUUUUUUCGCUCCAGGAAUGGGACCAGUGCCAUGGACUGUGAACUCAGAAAUCUACCCUGAAGAGUUUCGUGGUGUAUGCGGCGGCAUGUCAGCCACUGUUAACUGGAUUUGCAGCGUGAUAAUGUCUGAAAGCUUUCUUUCGAUUUCCGAUUCCGUGGGCCUUGGUGGUAGUUUCGUGAUUCUUGGUGUUAUAUGCGUGGUUGCGUUUCUCUUUGUGCUCUUGUUUGUGCCAGAGACAAAAGGAUUGACAUUUGAAGAAGUAGCCCUCAUAUGGAAGAAAAGAGCCCGGGGUAAAGAUUAUGGCACACAAACCCUUCUUGAGAGAGGAAGCCAGUUCUAAGCAUCUCGUCUCAUUUGUGAGGUGAGCUGCAAUCUUAUUGGACGGGAGCUAGGAAACCAGUCAUAGUCAUUUGAGUUGUUAGCUGCCCACAUUAUGCGAUGGCGGUGGUAGCUUUACUGUGAUCAUAUGCUGUAGAUUUGUAUCAUUAGAAAGACGUUAUUGGUAUGAUUGAUAUGUGGGAUCUUGAUCUUCCAAAGCUUUUUGGAAGAAUUAUAAUUCAGGAAAUUUUGCAAACUUAUCUUCAAUAUAAGUGUUAACCAAAGUCGUGGUUACUGGUUAAUAUUUUAAAACUCAAUUAACCAUGUAUGUGACUUUGGUUGAUAUUUUAUAAUUGAAGAGAUGUUUGCUACUUCCUAAAUUGGGAAUCUGCCAAGAGUAAUGAACUUAUUAAGAGAUGGAAUGUGUUCUUGGCAAAUAGGAAAAAUCAAAUAGACUUGUGACUCUUGGUCUGUUUUUGUGAUUCCUGGUCUGUUAAUUAUGAGUACCAUGUGUGAUUUGCUACUUUAUGAUGUAUGUAUGAUAUAUGAUAUGAUGUUUGUA